UUAACCCAUUUAUUGUCUCAAACACACUGUGCGGGACACCGGUACGCAAGGGUUUCAAACCAAAAUGCCAUCCGCCGCCGCCGCUGCCGCUGCCGCUACCCCUGACGGCCACCGCCCCCACCACCACCACUCCCCGGCGUCCGGCGAUCAAUCUCAUGAGGGAUCGGAUAUCGGAAUGGAUAACGACGAUGACGACGUAGAGUACGAGGAAAUUGAGGAGGAAGUGGAAGUGGAAGAGGAGGUGGAGGAGGAGGUAGAAGUAGAAGAAGAGAUCGAAGAAGAGGAAGUAGAAGAAGAAGAAGAAGAGGUCGAAGAAGAAGAGGAGAUGGAAGAAGAGGUUGAAGAAGGAGAAGAAAUCGGCGAAGAUUUGUCCGAUUCACCAAUCGAUGAAGAUCAAAACGAUGUUAGCCAAGGUAUGGAGUCCAAGGGGCAUGAAGAGCACUUGAGAUCAGGUUCUUCUGAUCCAGAAAAAUCUGUAGUAAAUCUACCAGCAGAUAGCCUUGCAGUAGAAGGUGGUAUUGACAAUUCCAAAUUUUCUGGUGCGGGAGAGACAAGACAAAAAGGGGAAUCAACCGUCAAUGUCGAGGAUCCUAAGAGUCCGAACAUGGGGAUACAUCAGGUUGCUUCAAAGGAUGAUGGACUCCUUGAAUUUGUUGGUGACAAGAAAGAUUCUGGGGACUUUCCAAAAAUGAUAACCCCUAAGGAUGAUGAUGUGUGUAAUGAUGGGAAGGCUUCUCAGCGUGACAGUGGGAUUAUGACUGCUGAGACCACCAAACCUUUCAAUGUUUCUGAAAUUAAGCAAAUUGGCACGCAGUCUCAGGAGGAUAUAAAUCAGGGGCCAACAAGAUUUUCCAGAUUGGCUGUUCCCCAGGUAAGACCUAGAAGUUUGUCCCCAUUGGCCGGGUAUAACGACGGAAGCAAACGACCUGCAGUCAUUUGUGACUUUUUUGCUAAAGGCUGGUGCAUCAAAGGGAAUUCAUGUAGGUUCCUUCACAUAAAGGAUGAUAUAAAUAACAUUUGCCAAAAGCCCGAGGGAGAUGUAGCAACUUUGAAUGAGAAAAGUGAAUUGCAGGCUGAUGGAGGUUUGAGAGAUGGUACUGAGAGAUCAGAGUCAGCUGAUUUUCCAAAUGCAGCAGCUUCUUCAGCUGCACGUAGUUCUUCAUUUUCUUUGGAAAGGACAUCAUCAUGGGAGCAUGGAAAAAGCCCAAGGUGGCAUGGCGUCAGUGAAAAGCAUAAGAUUUUGUCUCUUCAAAGAGAGGACUUAUCUCGUGGUGUUUCUCCUGAUUCCCUGCAGUCACCUGUAUAUAAAGAUAAAGCUCGGUCAACUUCCUCUUUUAAGGAUGUUGGAAGAGAGAAUCUGACACAUAAUUGGUCCUCGGAUGAUUAUCCAAUCUCUAGGAAUAGCUGUUUUCCUGAGCAGAGAUCUCUCGCAAAUAAUUCAGUUAUAUCUUCAGAUACUUACCGAAGCACCGUGAUUCCCUCUCAUGCAACCAGUUUCGAAGAUAUGGCUGCUAGGAGAAGCCAGUUUAUGCUGCACGAUCGUAGUUCCCCUGGUUUAAGUCGUUCACCGAAUUUAAGUUUGAGCCCUUCUAUUCAAACUGCUGGCAUAUUGCCAUCACAGCAUAUCCCAGCAUGGACAAGGUCGUCCUUCUCUUUUAGUUCUUUGGGUACAGAUUCCCUUGGUGCCCCAAAGCAUUCAGACAGUGAUAGAGAAUAUCAUGCUUCUAGAUCUUCAUCUUGGCUGCAAAGCUCUUUGCGAUUUUCUGGCUCUGAAUCAGAAAAUCUUUCUGUGACCAACGUUUCUGGGGGUCCUCUGCCUAUUAGUGGACAUAGAACAAAAAUUUCUUCUAAUGAUUGGGAGCCAUCUGUUCGUUUUCGAUCAUCAUUUUUUAUUCCUCAAAGCCCAUCAUCUCCAGGAAGCCUGUAUGACCCCAUUCGUGACAGCAUCGAGCAACCUAACUUGGGAGAUGGUUUCUCAAAACUUUCUUCCACACAUGAGAAAUCCGUCACAAAUACGCAUCUGAUUAUGGAUGGUGAUCCUGCUUUGACAAGGUCCCUUGGCCCUGAAUGUGGUUCAUAUAAGCAUUCAAUAUCUGGUCAUCAUGAAGUCCAUGACAAUAUGUUGGACAAGAACUUUCAUGGAAAGAAUUUGUUUAGGACUGAAGGAGAAGCCAUGAGAAUUUCUCAUGAUGAACAGAAAAAUAAAAAUACCUUGCCCAAAGAAGAGAAGCUCUUGACUCCUGCAUAUGCCAAAGAUAUUACAGAGGCAAACAAAAUAAAUCUUGAAUCUGAUCUUAGACUUCGAAAGGAUGGCCUGAGACACAAGAAUGAAUUAAAAGUAGAUAAUGGCAGACAAAGCAAUGAAAUGGAUGUUGAUCUUAAGACAGAUUGGGAGCAGAAGGAAUCAAAAGCACUGAAACAUUUUCGUGCUGCUCUUAUAGAUUUUGUGAAAGAAUUGGUGAAACCAGCCUGGCGUGAGGGUCACCUGAGCAAGGAUGCUCACAAAGUGAUUGUUAAAAAGGCAGUUGAUAAGGUCCUUAGCACAACGCAACCUCACCAAGCACCUAAUACCGCAGAAUCAAUUCAACAGUAUCUUGAUGCAUCCCAACAAAAAAUUUCAAAGCUUGUUGAGGGAUAUGUUGUUAAGUACGGAAAAUCUUGAGCUGCCUGGCUGCUAGGUUUUCUUUUGUACAGUCUUCUUUUUAUUCUACCAACCCGAUGUCGUGGACAUUUUCUGAGGCUAUCUUCAUAACUAUCAAUAGCUAGGACUGAGUUUUGUAGGAUUGUUAUGAAUUUUAUUAUGAGAUGUUCUGCUUUGUGGAUGAUAUUUGGUUGUUCUCCUUGAUGGAUUAAGAGUAGUUGGAGGAAAGGAAAUAUUUCUUUUGAAUCA